CAAUGUUCAACCCCUCAAUUUCCAGGGCGGCAACAAAAUUAAACUUGGAAUAUAAUUGGCUCAUGCACUUCGACGGACUCACUUAUAAAAAUCAUUCAGUCCCAUAACAUUUCUAUAGCUUUUUGGUUACAAUGUAAGUUCUUAAACCCGCUGUCCUGACCCCGAUUUUCUUGUGUAUAGUCUAGUGGUCUUAUUGAUUUAUAUACGUCUACAUCUGACUGUCACGCCUAUCGUUAGAAUUCAAAAAUAUGUAGCACAAUCACAAUGAUGCUCAAGGAUCCCUAUUCCUUCUAGAAUAUUGCUAAAAAAGGAAUUUAUUUUUCUGUUGCUGCUGACUGCAAUUCAUCUGUAACAAUUCACUGUGGCUUUGCUCAUGCAAACAUAUUCUGAUCCUUUUCUCAUUUUCGCUCUCUUUCCGUAAAAGUGACAACCAACUUCCCUUUUUAAUAAUACAAUGCCAGAGAUUGAGGAAUCGUACCUUCCCCUUGGGAAGCAAUUAGCUGCGAAUGAAAAAAAAACCAGAGAUAAGGCAGUUCGUUCACUUCGUAAAUUCUUAUCGUCCGGUGAAAGCAACUUGGAUGAAGUAGAACUUUUGAAACUUUGGAAAGGCUUGUUUUAUUGCUUUUGGAUGUCAGAUAAACCAUUGAUUCAGCAACAACUAGCCAAUGAUUUAGGCUCACUAGUGAUGGACUUGCCAGCUGCCAACGCCGUUCCAUUUUUAAAGGCUUUCUGGCAGAUUCAUUGUAAAGAAUGGCAUGGAUUAGAUCGUCUCAGAAUUGAUAAAUACUAUUUGCUUUUCCGUCGAGUGCUUUAUUUUUCAUUCCAAUUCUUGGCUAGAGAGAAAUGGGAUAAUGGCUACGUAGAGGCCUAUACUGAUAUGUUAUUGGAAGGACCCUUAAGCCCAUCAGAUAGACAGAAUCCUGAUGCAAUCAGAUACCACAUUAUUGAUAUAUAUUUUGAAGAGUUGAGAAAGGUCAUAGAAGGCACUCAUACAGAAGGAAAAGAGGAUGAUGAUGAAAAAGAAAAAGUCAAUGUAGAUGAAGUCCCUCUGGAAGAACUCAGUAGACCCAUAACAGUUUUGUCAACAGAAGGUUCCACGAAAAUUUUACGAAAUAAAGCAAAAGAAGCAUUGAAAGAUCAUAGAGCAAGUUUAGAACAGAAGGCUGAUAAUGACGAGUAAAGAUGUAGAUCAAACUCUUCAUUUGUAUUUAUUAGUUUAUAAGAUCUUAUUCAAUAAAACACAUCAGAGACAUGUAUCAUCUCCAUUAGAUCAUCCAAAGCAGU